AUGGUGUAUACCAUUCCCUUAAUCAUCUUCAUGGAUGACAUGUCCGGCAAUAUCUCAAAGCAGUGGAAUAAACACCACACCAUAUACAUGUCCAAUGCAAACUUACCGAGAGAGAUGCUCGAAAAAGAAUUUUUCGUUGAUGCAGCACAAUCUGGUGUCUCAGCAUGGGAUUGCAAGUAUGACGAGGAAGUCAUGCUCAUUCCAUAUGGGCUAUUUCUUGCUGGAGAUAAUCCGAUGCAAGCUGAAGAGUGUAGUCAUGCGGGGCUCAGCUGCAAUUACUUUUGCAGGACAUGUGAUGUUGGCAGAACGAAGGCAUACAAGGAAUCCGAAGCUGGCUACAAUAGUAUUUUUAUGACGAGUCAAGAAAUUCGACAACAGUUUGAAACUGCCUUCAAAUCAGGUGUCCAAGAUUCAGCUUCGAGUUCGAUUCUCAACACCUUGAUUGAACUCGGCAAGAAGCUUCGGAAAUGUACCAUGGGAUCUCAAGCACUGCCUGAAAAUGAGAUCGAGGCCACCCUUCAAAAAGAAUUUGAAGAACUCUUGAAAGGUGGACAACUCGACAACACCAUCAAUCCGCUACUGGGAAUGGAAGGUUAUACUUCUGGGGGCAGACUGGUCUUUCUUCUCGAGAAAGCAAAGUUUCUCCCCAUAUUUCAGUACCGGCUUGAGUCUGUCGACAAGGACAGACUGAAUGCUCCCUGCUUAAAUGCAGACUACAUAUGUCACUAUAAAGGAAGUUUGAUCAGGAAGCACUUCAAAAUUCCUCCAACAGUCCUUAAUGCCUGGACAGUGAUUGGCGAACUCGUUGUACUGGUCUGGCAUACAAGAAUCACAGACACGGAAACAUAUCUUGCUUGUCUCAUACCUUUGCGAGACAGGCAACACUAUCUCAAACCAUCGAAGAUUUCUUGA